UGACGUUAACUGGACAUGACAUACAGAUAAGUGAACCACAAGAAGGGCGCCCAUCUCAAGUCUGCUUCACCGUUUUUACUCCAGCCGCGGUCGCCUCCUCUCAAGACUUGAACUCACCACCACAAGCCCAAGAAAUCACAUCGAGAUACCAGCUCAACCCACACAUUACUAUCCUCCACGAUGACUCGCAACAUCUGCAUCACCGCCAGCGAAGGCCAGACCGGCUUUCUCAUUGCCGAGCUACUCCUCAAGGAGAGCAAGUUCGCCAAGCGAAUUGACAGCAUCACCAGCCUGGUUCUCGACCCUACCAACCCAAAGUGCACGGAGCUCGAGUCCCUCGGAGCCAAGAUCGUCCCGCACCACCCUGGCCGCGAGCGCCAGAUGGUUAAGACUCUUAAGGAGGUUGGCUGCGACACCAUCUGCGUGAUCCCUCCCGCCCACAAGGACAAGGUCGACAUCACCAUCGAGCUGUGCGAGGCUGCCAAGAAGGCCAAAGUCCAGAACGUGCUGCUCAUCUCUGCUGCCGGCUGCGACUAUGCCGAGAGAAAAAAGCAGCCCCGUUUGCGCGAGUUCAUCGACAUUGAGAACAUUGUCUUGAGCUCCAAGGGCGACCCGAGCGUCGAGCUGGGCCACUCGCCCUGUGUCAUCCGCGCUGGUUUCUACGCCGAGAACUUGCUGUUGUACUCUCAGCAAGCACAGUUGAACGGUAUCCUCCCUCUGCCCAUUGGCGAGAACCACAAGUUUGCUCCCGUUGCUCUGGGUGAUAUUGCGUACGUCGCUGCUUGUGUCCUCGCUGGUAAGGGCAAGCAUGGCUUCGAUGAUCGCCACCGCGGCCAGAUGAUGAUUGUCACUGGUCCCAUGCUUUGCGCUGGAAAGGAGCUGGCUGAGGCUGCCAGCCAGGCUGUCGGUCAGAAGAUGGAGUUUGAGAACAUUUCCGAACGCGAGGCCAAGAGAAUCCUCAAGGCCCAAGCCGACAUCGACGACUCCGAGAAGGAGUAUCUCCUCGAGUACUACAGCUUGGUCCGCGAGGGCAAGACCAACUACGUCGUCACCACGGCCUUCCACGACGUUACUGGCGAGCAGCCUACCCAGCCCUCCGAAUUCUUCCGCAUGUAUAGCCAUGAGCUGCGUCCCAAGAAGAAGGCCAAGACUGAUAACUCCACUUAAACCGGUUUUCUUUCUCAUUGUCUUUGGCACCCAUUUGAAUUUCGGUUGUGUAAUCGCUGGAGCAUGGAGUUUUGGGCGUCAGGCUUGAAGGGACACAAAGAAGUUCUGAGUCGGGAGAUAGGUAGGAACAAUCAAUUAGAAGACGUACUUCUUCCAUUCAUAGGCCACCAAAAAGAGACACAAGACUCUCAGAUUCC